GCGCGUCAGAACAGGUCGUUUGUCUUGACAGUGAAGACGUGCGGAGUUUGUGACUAAACUGAGUUAACGGGACACGCGCUUCACCAUGGGAGUGUCUUCCUCCAGUCUUUUAGACGAAACUAAAUGUAACUACAUCAGAGGACGGACUGAGGCUGAGCUGAACAACUUCAGCCCGCACUACAAGAGGCAAUACUGUGUGGCAUUUUUCUCACAGCUGCAGGAUGAAGUGGAGCAGCAGCAGACGGUUCACCCACAGCUCCUCAAACAGAAGGAGCAUCCACAGGCCUCUGAUUUGGUGUAUAAGGACAGCGUCCAGCACUUUGAUGACUGUAAGAAGUGGAAGGAGAGGUUUGUGACGGUGCGGGCAGACUACAGUCUGGAGCUUCAUGACAGCCAGGAGACUUUCGCAAAAGGAACUCCUGCACGUCAAACACUUAAGCUAACAGGGGGCACUGUGCUGACCUCGGAGGAGAAAUACAGUACUCUAGUGGACAAGGCUUUCCCUGACCUGAACAGCUCAAAAGAGGAGGCUGCUUCGCCCAUGGUGUCCAUUCCAGGACCGUUUCCUGUCUUUCUGAGACUGCCCUACAGGAGAGAUGUCUACUUUAGCUUCCAAGAGGAGGACAAACAGAUUCGCUUCGUCUCCAUUCUCUCUGACUGCAUCCGCCAUCAAAACCACGACACUCUGAAGAAGACGACAUGUGAUGUCCAAGCAUUCCUCAAGGCCAUUCAUUUCUACAGACAGGAGAAAGGACAUUAUGAGUCAUGGGAGAUGCUGGUGGGCACCGAAUGUCAAGUGCUGGCCAACCUGGUGAUGGAGGAGCUCUUGCCAUCCCUGCAGACCGAGCUGUUGCCCAGGCUGAAGGGGAAGAAGGCUGAGAGGAAGAGAGUGUGGUUCACGACUGUGGAGGCAACCUAUGAGCUGGUGCAGGAUCAGCUGAACGAUGGACUGCAGAAACUGAAAGAAGAAUGCAGUGAGAUUGCCAAAAAGCAGGAGACACUUAUUCGUUCUGACAUGGACCAGAUCAUCAACUCCAGCAACUUCCUGAAGACAAAGCUACAAGGCCUGGUCUCAGAACCAGCGAUGAAGUUCUGCUCAGAGAGUGUCUCUCCAUAUCUGGCCUCCAUUCUGGAGGAGCUGAUGGGCCCGGUGAGUUCAGGUUUCCAGGCCGUGAGGCAGCGUUUGGAGACAGACCUGAACCGAAUCUGUAAAGACUUCCAACCUGGAGGAACUAAUGAAGAACUUACUAAGGCAUUAGAGGAGGUGUCUCAUGCCCAGCUGGAGGACUGUUAUCAGCAUGUCUCCAUUCUGAAGGAACAACUGCAGGAGCUGCGCAGCCGCUUCAAGUUCUCCAACUCCACAUUGGUGGUGCACAAGACUCAGAGCCACAUGCAGCAGCUGAUGGAGAAUGCUGUGUACACGUUCGAGUUGCUUCUUCAGGCAGCCAUGAAGGAAGAACCUGAGAAAUUGGCCACAGUCAUGGAGAAAGCCAAGCACAGAGUACUUAAGCAAUAUGACUAUGAUAGCAGCACAGUAAGGAAGAAGAUUUUCCAGGAAGCUCUGGUGGACAUCACACUGCCAGCCAUCAGGAGAAACCUAGCACCCAGCUGUAAAACUGAGCUGCAGAACUAUGAGCAGUACAUCUUCGCUGAUUACACAAACUUCAUCCAAGUGGAGAAUGUCUAUGAGGAUAUAAUGCUCAACACCCUGAACAAUGAAGUCAACAAAGUGGUGAAAGAAGCGGCCACUCUGAAGAAACACAACCUGUUUGUGGACAGCACCGAGCUGCAGUGUGUUAGUCAGAGCAGUCUGACAGACAGCCGGACUCCACCACGCUCAUGCCCCUCCAGUCCGGCCAAAGUACAGUCAACUGUUACAGCACAAAAAGCCGAGCAGGUUUCGAGCUCACUGGUAGUGGAAAACGGCAGCUCAGAGAAGCAACCAGUGGAGAAGAAAGAAGAACCUGCAAGUGAAUCACCUCAGACAGAUGAUACUCAACCAUCUAAGCCGAAUGAUCUUGCAGCUGUACCCAGUAUACCAUCUUGUGUCCCGGCAGAUUCCCCAGAUCUUACUAAAGUCCCUUCAACAUCCAUACCUGAUGCCUCAGAUCAAAAGUGUGAGAUUUCUGUGAAUAAUCCUGACAUGGUGUCCUGCACCUCAUUACCAGAAGCAGCUGAUGCUACAGCUCAGAGCCAACCUGUGAUAUCCCCUGAGACUGAUUUCAACAUGUCUCCUGUGAUCAUCGUGUCAGAACCCGAGUCAGUUCCAGAGCCAACAAUUUCUGUCAGCUUACCAGAUGAUGCAAACAUGGAAAGUCCUGGUUCUCCUGAAUCUGUAAAAGAAGACCAAAGUGUCAGUACUUCAGAGGAAACAGAGGUUGACGCUGCAAAUCAGUCUCACUGUGAGAUCUGUCAUGCUGAGUCAGAACCCCCCGAGGAGCCGCAAAGUGUUACAGUCCAGCCUGAUACAACCAGUGCUGAAAAUCCUUCAGCUUCCGAGACAAAAGACACACAUGACACUGAAGUUGGAACACUUCCCUGUGAUUCCUCUCUCCCUAUAGUUGACAUCACAGCCAGCGAGACAGCAGCAGAGAGCGUGGCGGAGAACGCCGCCAAUACCAGCACGAAUGGACUCCCCUGUGUCCCUGAUCUCCCAGCAGGGGGAGACAUGCCUGCACCCUCUGCAAAGGUAGAGACUGAAGGCAGCACAGAACCACACCGAGACUCUUCCACAGAGGAUCAGGAAGCAGAAGAGGCGAUGGAUAGCGUGAAGUGCAUCAGAGAUCUGGUGGUGGAAAUCAUUGAGGUAGAGGACAUUGUGAAUCCCUGUCCAGACAGUUAGGGGACAUCGGUAAAGGUCUCUUUAGUGAAUUAAUUCCUUGGGGACUUACUGCAUACAAGCUUUUACAAACAACUAAACAAAAUCAUAUUGUGAUUGCAUCUAACUCAGUUACAGUUUAGACUGAAAAUGCUUUUCUUUAAAUGUUGUAUUUAAAUCUUUCACAUGUUUUGUACACUGACAAUCCAUGAAUAAAAGAGGAAGCAUAAGAAGUUUCUUUCUUAUUUUUAAAAGUAUUGCUCAAUUAGUUUAGUUAGCAAUGCACUUUGUAACACUUAUUCAUUUUGAAUAUCUACAUUUUCUUUUUAAAUAAUUAUGUAUCAAUUAGUAUUACUUUUCAGUUAAUUACUUUAAGAUGAGAGAACGGUGUUUUACACGGUACAUCAGUGAUCUUAAAACGCCACUGAGUGUGUAACCUUAUUUUGGUGAAUAUAAGUCUAUGUACAAUACUGCUUAUGUGUAUUGGUUUUAUAACUGCAAUAAACUGAUGUUUUCUACCUAAAA